AUGAAGCUUAUAAAAGACUCGAGAGGAUGCCAACUCCUUCAAGAGGACAUCCAGUCCAAACUGAUGGAGCUGCUGGGGUCACCCGAGGAGGAGGCGGGCGAGGAGGAGGACGCGCUCGCUCGCUUCCUGGUGCUGCUGCUCAGCAAGGGCACAGACCGCGCGACAAUUGAGCAGGAGGUGAUGGACGUAAUGCCAGAGGAAAUGGGUCCUUCCUUUGUUGCUUGGCUGUACGAAACCCUGAAGCAUCAGCCAGAUCGUUACUAUUCCCCAGAGGACGAGGCUGCGGCUGGGGAAGAGGCGCAUGGCAGAGUGGCAGGCGGCCAGGAUGAGGAGGAGCUCGUGGAUUUUGGCGGGGACGAUGACGACGCUGACGUGCAGGGGGCGGCGGUGGGGGAUGAGCAAGAUGACGAGGAUGACCACCAGCAGCAGCAGCACGAGCCAACUGAGCAGCGCCAGCAGCAGCAGCAGCAGCAGCAGCGCCAGCAGCAGCAGCGCCGCCGGCACGGAGAGGAGCGUCUGACAGACGAUGCGGACGGCAGCAGCGGGCGGAAACGCAAGGCCAUGUGA